UGUGGAACGAUGACAAGACGCGCCACUGCUUUAUGACGUCACAGACUCAGUCUGUGUAAAAGGCCUCGCACUGGCAGAAUCUCUGUAGUUGAGUGAUAUUCACAGCAGAGACGUGAGUUUGAGUGAGGUCUGCGAAUACAAACCUAGCAACACUUGUACAAACGCCACAACUUACAGAUAUAUUCGAGAUAUAUUUAAUCUGUACAGACAGUGUGUAUCAGAUAACGUUAGAGUUUAAACUGACAUUACCAGAUACAGAUUACUUAUCUGUCAGUAUGAGAACCACAGACACAAUGUCCACAGACAUGAGAGAGGUGCUUCUGGAGGUUUACGUCAACGACGCCUUCUACUCCGGUGACAGCUACUGGGCAUCAGUUGAUAAAGAUGUGCAGCUGGAGUUUGAGAUCACCGAUGCCAUCUACGACCUCAUCGGCUGCAGUGCAUCUCAAGAGAUAGAUGUGCAGCUGGAGGUUUUAACGGAGUAUCAUGUCUCAGUCAGUUACUGCAGUCCAGGAGAGAUGCGUGUGCAGCUGGAGGUUGAUGCCAGUGACUACAUCUCAGUCUGUGAAGUGAAAGAUUUGCAGCUGGAGAUGAACAGGAAUGACGGCAUCUCAGAGCUGAAGAGCCCUACGCUGGUGUCUGAAGAUCUGAGCGACCCAGCAGGACCUUCAGUGGAAGAGGCCAAUGAUCAGGGUGGCCUGGAUGCUGAGAACAGUCCAACAGAAAGUACCAAAGCCAUGAAGAGUAAGAAAGUUCAUGGCUUUGUUGUGACCAAGAGAGUAGAAUAUGCUACAGUGAGGAAUAUAAAGAAAACUAGUACCUUCCUCCAGAAAGACAGACUGAAGCCUGUUGGGGUCUCAGCAUGGCCUGAGAUGGACCUGAAUGUUCCUGAACCAGAACCUAGGGAGGAUCUGGCUGCUCCUCAUAGACUUAAAUGGAAAAUGACUCAAUCAAACGAACCCUACACCCCCUGA